CAAGGAAAUAUCCGUCUGCAUUUGGUGUGCGCAAAACCGUCGGCCAUGUUUGUUACGCCGUCGCAAUAGAGUCUGAGUUCUUGUCGAUGCGAAUGGCAGAGGAUAUUUGCGAGGUAUUUCACGUCUCCAGAUAUUCGCAAAUUUAGUAACGAAAAUAAGUAAAUCAACGUCGUUUUUCAACCGGUAAACACAAGCUCGUUUUAGAUCCAGGAUCGAAGUGAAGUUGGCAGAGCGACGCGUGAGGGUUGAAAAUGGGGAAGGAGAAGAUCCACAUAAACAUCGUGGUGAUCGGCCACGUGGACUCCGGUAAAUCGACGACGACGGGUCACCUGAUAUACAAAUGCGGGGGUAUCGACAAGCGGACGAUCGAGAAGUUCGAGAAGGAGGCCCAGGAGAUGGGCAAGGGUUCCUUCAAGUACGCCUGGGUGCUGGACAAGCUGAAGGCGGAACGGGAGCGGGGAAUAACGAUCGACAUAGCCCUCUGGAAGUUCGAGACGGCCAAGUACUACGUGACGAUAAUAGACGCCCCGGGUCACCGUGACUUCAUAAAGAACAUGAUAACCGGGACGAGCCAGGCGGAUUGCGCUGUGCUGAUAGUGGCUGCCGGGACGGGGGAAUUCGAAGCCGGGAUAUCGAAGAACGGACAGACGCGAGAACACGCCCUGCUGGCCUUCACCCUGGGGGUGAAGCAGCUGAUCGUUGGUGUGAACAAGAUGGACUCAACGGAGCCGCCGUACUCGGAGAGUCGCUUCGAGGAGAUCAAGAAGGAGGUUUCCUCCUACAUAAAGAAGAUCGGUUACUACCCGGCCUCCGUCGCCUUUGUACCGAUCUCCGGAUGGCACGGUGACAACAUGCUCGAACCCUCGCCGAAGAUGCCCUGGUACAAGGGGUGGAAGGUCGAACGUAAGGACGGCAACGCCGACGGCAAGUGUCUGAUCGAGGCCCUCGACGCCAUCUUGCCGCCGUCGAGACCGACGGACAAGGCGCUUCGACUUCCGCUCCAGGACGUCUACAAGAUCGGCGGAAUCGGCACCGUCCCGGUCGGGAGGGUCGAGACGGGUAUCCUGAAGCCGGGGAUGCUGGUCACCUUCGCCCCCGCGGCUCUUACGACGGAGGUCAAGUCCGUCGAGAUGCAUCACGAGGCUCUGACCGAGGCUUUGCCCGGUGACAACGUCGGAUUCAACGUCAAGAACAUCUCCGUCAAGGAGCUUCGCCGAGGAUACGUCGCCGGCGAUUCGAAAAACUCCCCGCCACGUGGAGCGGCCGAUUUUACCGCCCAGGUAAUCGUCCUCAAUCAUCCGGGACAGAUCAGUAAUGGCUACACCCCCGUUCUCGAUUGCCACACUGCUCAUAUUGCCUGCAAGUUUGCCGAGAUCAAGGAGAAGUGCGACCGCAGAACCGGCAAGACUACCGAGGAAAAUCCGAAGAGCAUCAAAAGCGGCGACGCCGCUAUCGUCAUGCUGCAACCCAGCAAGCCGAUGUGCGUCGAAGCUUUCCAGGAGUUUCCACCCCUCGGACGAUUCGCCGUUCGCGACAUGCGCCAGACCGUCGCCGUCGGAGUGAUCAAGAGCGUCAACUUCAAGGACACUCAGGGGAAGGUAACAAAGGCCGCGGAGAAGGCCCAGAAGAAAAAGUAACCAUCAGACUUCCUCGGAAGCUCGCAGUUCGUCGGUCGGCGUCCGUCGAGAGUCCCAAUCAGGCGAACCGACUGCAGGGCUCAAUUUUCUACGUCAGCAAUCCCUUCGAAUUCUUGCUUAACAAUGAACACCUGCACGAGCAGAAUUGGAAACAUGUGCUUAUACCUACCCCCAUUGCACUACCCGGUAGUAUUGAAUCCCCGUAUAUAUCCCAACCUCCACAUUCAGUUCACCCAUGCUCCUCGCACGCCCCACAUAUGCUAGGAUUGUUCACCGGAUCGUCGAUUAUACGCGCAAUCGCUUAAUCGUUCUUACAACGUUGUACUGAAUUUAAAACGUAUUAUAUAUACAUUACGAUAUAUACUCAGUUUUCGAACUCCGUAGUUAGGUUUUUAAUCUUGGAGAAUAUCUCGAGAUGUGUUUGAUAUAUAGUUAUUCCGCAUGUUCAACAUUCUUCGGCGUAUUACAACAAUUUUACAAAUUUAUGC